AUGUUGAUGCAGAAAUUGCCCGACAUCCUCAAGGAGGAGGUCGCCGGCACGGGGCUGUUGGCGGUCAACGCGUUCGCGUGGUCGUUGGAGCAUCUGGACGACGUGCAUCGCAGCUACGAUCCGCUCAUCGUCGAGAACCCGAAGAUGGUCGGCUUGAAGGCGCUCCGAUUGGAGCUGCUGCACCAUGCGGAGAAGGCCGCGUCGAACAAAGAGGAGGCGGCGUCGACCGUGGCCCGUGGCGUCGGAACCGCCAUCGCUCUGGGUGGGGAGGAGGAGCACGAGAGGGAGGACGUCGAGGGGGGCGGGGAGCACGACGGUGGCUCGGAAGAAGAGGAGGACGUGGAGCGUGAGGAGGACGACGUGGCUGUCACCGGCGAAGAGGAGGCAGUACAGUUCGCCGGUGAGAAGGUUGCGGAUAAGAGCGGCGGCAGCGGACCCAAUGUGGGCAAGAAGGCCCGGGGCAGCAGUGGCUCGACCCCGACUAGGAUGGCGUCAAAGGCGGCUAUCGAGCGUCUGAAGGCGGCGGAGAGGGAGAUCAAGAAGCUGAGGGAGGAGAAGCUGGUGGCGGAAAAGAGGCUGGAGUUCCAGACGGCCCGGAACGACACGAUGUACGGCGUGGUCACCUCGGUCGUGAACAAGCUCGCUACAGUCGCCGAGGGCGUGACCCAUCUUGAGCAGACGUCGGGGAGGAGCAUCCAAACGGUGGUGGACGCUAUGAGGGCGGUCGUGCAGGAGGCGGUGAGCUAUUGCGGCUCCACCCUAGAAUUCAUCAACACGCAGUGGCUGCCCACCGUGCAGGCCCUGCACUUGACGGCUACUGCUGCACAGGGUAGGCGACGGGAGGACGACCUCCUGCUGCUUCGAGGUGUGGCAGAUGCUCUUGGCCAAAAGAUCAAAACAGUCGUGUCUGCCGAGGUGAAGGCCGCCAUGGAGGGCGAGGCGCAGCGGAUCGCCGCUGCCGUGACUGCGAAGGUCGUCCAAGAGCUUAGGGACGACCUGGUGAAGGCGGUCACCUCCGCGACCCAACAGGGCAUUGGCACCGCCGGGUUUAGCCUCCUCCCAACUGCUCUCGCGUCGGUGAUGCACGGCGGUCGCGCAACCGCCGAGGAGAGUGGGCCGGCCCCAAGGCAGUCGGGGAAAAGGGUCGCCGACGAAAAAUCCCUGACCGGCGACCAGACCAGCGGUUCUAAGCGAAGCAGAGGACCUGCGGUGAAACGCGGUGUGGGCGUGGAUCCUCCUGCCCCUCUGUAUGCGGUCGACCAAGGAGCAGAGGCAGCGAACGUCGCGGCGGCGACUGCAAGGCCGAGUGGCUCAACGAUGGAGGCGGCUGUGUGGAGAGCGGCGGAAGAGGCCGGCGGGGUGGACGAAGAGAUCCUCGCCAGCAUCGUGAUGCCGGACCUGGAAAUUGAGUUUGGGAAGAAGAGCCGUUACAUCUGCCGGUCGAUGGACAAGUCCGAGGCCGCCUACUGCAUCGCUGUCGCCGUUUCGUCGUUCGACGGCUUCGUCAGCGACGUGGUUCUUGAGGAGUUCGGUGGGGUCAAGGAGGAAGUGAUGGCGCAGUAUAAGGCGGACUGGAAUGUGGCGCGAUUGAUUCCGGGGGGCAUGUGGAUGGUCAUGUGGAGCCGAGGGGCGAACGUCUUCCGCGACAGGUUCCAACAGGUGGUCGCGGAAUACAACAGGAUAACCGGAGCCGACCGCGCAGCUCUCUUGUUGGCUCUUCGCCCGGCGGUGUGGUUCGGCGACCUUCCGGAGUUUACCGAGCCCGAGAAGGCCGCGAAGAGGAAGGUGGCGAGCGACAUGAUCGCACGCGUUUCGAUGUGUGCCGCCUUCGCACCGGUGGCCGCGAAAGUGACGCCCAUUCCGGGCGUCGGGUCGGAGCGGUUGUCCGAGAUCCUCGCCGGUACUGCGGCCGCGGUGUGGUGUUUUUCGGAGACCAAUGCCACGGCGGAAGUAGCGGCCGGCGAAGGGGGGGCGGCAGCGACCAUGUGCGGAGCGUCCAACGAGUUCGCGAGUCGGUGUCGGACCGUCAUCGAGGCGGUGCUUCAGCGGGCGGCCUCCCGGGUGGUCGUCGUAGGGGAGGUCGCCGAAACGGUGACGAAGGACCUGCAGGCGGCUGUGGUGAGGUCGCUGCCUGAGGUCGGAGAGGAGCGCGAGCACGACAAGCUGAUCGCCCGUGUCAUGAUAGAGAACCUCGCCUUCUGGGGGGACUGCAAUGUCGGAGGCCCGAAGCUCAAGGCUCGCGGCGUCGAUUUGCCUAUCGACCCCGAGAUGAAGAUUAUCAUUCGGGACAGGGGGGCGAGGGGGCAGCAGCACAAAGGGAAGCAGGUCGCCGACGCCUAG